AUGUCGACCUUUGAGAACGUCAUCACCAUCGACGGCAAGGGUCACCUCCUUGGUCGGCUGGCCAGCACUGUGGCUAAGCAGCUGCUCAACGGUCAGAAGAUCGUCGUUGUGCGAUGCGAGGCCCUGAACAUCUCUGGAGAGUUCUUCCGUGCGAAGCUAAAGUACCACGCAUACCUCCGAAAGAUGACCAGAUACAACCCCACCCGAGGAGGUCCUUUCCACUUCCGCGCCCCCUCAAGAAUCUUCUACAAGACCGUCCGUGGAAUGAUUCCCCACAAGACCGCCCGUGGUGCCGCCGCUAUGGAGAGACUCAAGGUCUUCGAGGGUGUCCCACCCCCAUACGACAAGGUCAAGAGAGUGGUCGUUCCUCAAGCUCUGAGAGUUUUGAGAUUGAAGCCUGGCCGCAAGUACUGCACAGUUGGCCGACUGAGCCACGAGGUUGGAUGGAAGUACCAGGAUGUUGUCGCUAGACUCGAGGAGAGACGGAAGGUCAAGGGAGCCGCAUACUACGCCCGCAAGAAGACGGCACGAAGACAACUCGCCGAGGCCCAGAAGAGCGCGAAGGUUGACGACAAGACGAAGAAGCAGUUGGCUGAGUCCCCGACAUUCUUCCUUCCCCGCGCCGCAGAGAUAGAGCCCGAUGCUUUGGCUAUCUACCAUGUGUGCGCAAACGGGAAGGUUUUGCGACGGAAUUAUGCAGAAUUUGCUGAUCGGGCAAGAGGAUUGGCAUAUUAUCUGAUCAAAAAUGAUUACAAGAGAGUUGGGAUACUGGCUCCUAACACGCCCGCUUUCCUAGAGUCCAUUUUUGGGAUUGCCGCUGCGGGUGGUAUUAUGGUCCCAAUCAACUAUCGCUUGAAGAAGGAGGAUAUCACGUAUAUCUUCGAGUACGCAAAGGUAGAUUCCAUCAUCGUCGAUAAGGAAUACGCUGGCCUACUCUCGGAUUUUGGGUCACGCAACCCGAAGGUUCCUUUCAUAAUCGACACCGAUACAGACUCGACCUCGGGCGCCUUGUCUGGCCCCUUCGAUGCAGCGGUUUUGGAAGGCCUGAAUUACGAUACCGAAAAUGGGAGCCGUGGAUGGGCCGGCUUGAAAGCCCAGACAGAAGACGAGGAUUCCUGCAUUUCCGUCCCGUUUACGAGUGGGACGACCGCCAGACCGAAGGGUGUGGUUUAUACGCAUCGCGGUGCAUACUUGGCGGCGUUGGCGAAUAUCAUUGAGUCGGGUCUGAAUUACCACGUUGGAAGAUGUGGAUAUCUUUGGACCUUACCGAUGUUUCAUGCUAUGGGGUGGACAUUCCCCUGGGCCGUAACCGCUGUCCGAGGAACCCAUUACUGCCUUCGCAAAAUCGACUACCCCUUGAUCUGGAAGCUGCUAAAGAACGAGAAUGUCACCCACUUCGCCGCAGCACCAACCGUUAACACCCUACUCUGCGCCAACAAGGACGCUGAAAGACUCCCCUCACCCGUCCGCGUCACCGUCGCCGCGUCCCCUCCAACCGCUCACCUCUUCGAGCAAAUGACCAACCUCAACCUCAUGCCUGUUCAUGUAUAUGGUUUGACGGAGACCUACGGACCCAUAACCAAAGGCUACCAUAUGCCAGUCUGGGAGACGCUUCCUACCAAGGAGAAAUACGCGCGCAUGGCUCGCCAGGGUCAUGGGUUUAUCACCUCGUUGCCUGUUCGCGUUAUCAAGACUGAGGGGGUGGCGGAUGGAGAGUUGGUAGAUGUCAAGAAGGACGGAAAGGAGAUCGGAGAGAUUGUGUUCUUUGGCAAUAUUUGCGCUAAAGAGUACCUGUGGGACCCCGAGGCGACGAAGAAGUUGUUCGCUGGCGGUGGGUUACAUAGUGGGGACUUGGCGGUUUGGCAUCCGGAUGGUUCGAUACAGAUUUUGGAUCGGCAGAAGGAUAUUAUUAUUUCCGGCGGAGAGAACAUCUCGUCCGUUGCCCUGGAAGCGAUGCUUACCCAACAUCCUGACGUGUUGGAAGCAGGUGUAGUUUCCGUCCCUGAUUCCCACUGGGGAGAACGACCAAAGGCCUUUGUCACAGUCCAAGAAGGCAGACAAUUGAAGGGAGAGGAGUUGAUUGAGUGGGCCAAACACGAGAGUUCCAUUAGCAAGUUUAUGGUUCCCAGGGAAGUGGAGGUCGUGCAGGAGUUGCCUAAGACGAGCACGGGCAAGAUAAAGAAGAAUGUGCUGAGGGCAUGGGCGAAGGGGAACUAUGACGAGAAAUAGAGGAGUAGUGCAGCACAGGAGUUGCGGCGAAGGGAAUAGCGUGUGAAUAUGAUGUACGAUUUAUGAUGGUGCACUUAGAGAUUGAGAACUUAGAUAGACUUAGACAUCAUAGAACGAGUGCUUGGAC